AUGCGGCCGGACCCGGAGAUGAUGGCCAAGCUCAGGGAUCUCGAGACCCAGCAGAAGAACGAGGAGAGGGCAGAAGAGAGCGGGCAGAGAGGGGGUCUGAGAGAUCUUGAGCGCGCGAAGAAGCUGGCAGAGCGCAAGCGCACACAGGAGCUGCGGGAGGCCAAGAAGAAGCUGAGCCGGGAGCUGCAGCAGGCGCAGAGGGGCCUCACCAAGAGCGAGCAGGAGGUGACCAAGCUGACUGGCCAGCUGAGCCGCACAGAGCAGCAGGCGCAGCAGGCCACAGUGAAGAAGAACCGCGAAGGCGAGAAGAUGGAAGAGGGCAUUGGCCGCAUCAGGCAGAAGCACGGCAAGGUCAACACCGUCCUCCGCGACAAGAUGGCCAACGUGGGCCAGGCGCGGGGCCGCUUGGCCCACGUGCAGUUCGCCCUGUCCAUGCUGGAGAAGGGGGUGAUCAUUGAGAUGGGCGAGGAGAACCAGCCGCAGGAGGAGACCCCGGCGCCCGUGCGCCGGCGCCGCCGCAGCGUGGGGGCCAACGGCGAGGGCGAGGGCGGCGAGGGGGAAGGCGGCGAGGAGGGUGAGUACAUGGAGGGCGAAGAGUUCGAGGGCGAAGAGUUCCAGGAGGGAGAAGUCUUCACAUCGGAGAUGCGCCAGGAGUUCGAGCACCUGCGGGAGGAGAACCGCCAGCUCCGGGAGCACCUAGCGGACUCGGACCAGCGCUGCAUCAGCGCGGUGCAGUUGCUGCAGCAGGCGCAGGAGGUUUUGGAGCACCGUAGCUCCGCCAACCACGAGGAGAGCUUGGAGAAGUCCUUGCUGGGCAAGGAGGAGGACCAGCCCUUGGACGCCACCAUGGACACAAUCUCUACGAUGCACAGCAGCCGCGAGAGCCCAGCGCAGUCCCCGAACCUCCGGCCCUUCACGCAGCCGGCGCUCACGGCACAGUCCCCGGCCAGUACCGUGCAGUUCCCUUCCCUGCUGGCAGGCCAGAAACCAAUGGAGAAGCCCGUGAUGUAUGCGGGCAUGCCGCCGAGUCGCAUGGUGAGCAUGCCGGGCGCCAUGCCGGGCGCCACGCCGGGCGCCGUGCCGGGCGCCAUGCUGCGGCCAUUCGGGUACCAGCCCACGCCCUUCCCGGACGCCAUGAAGCCCAUGGGCCAGUCGUUCCUGGGCUCGGCCAGUGCGGUGCCUUUGCAGCGCAUGGGCAUGAUGCCUCCCAACAGGAUGCCCAUGGCGGAGCCCGUUGCCAUCCCCCCGUCCAUGCGCAAGCCCGUGGUCCGGAGCUUGGGAGAUGUCGCCAGGGGGCGAAGGAACUCUCACUCGCAAGGCGGCGCCUUUGGCGCCCACGAUGAUCAGGCACGGCGAGCCUUGGAUUCGUCUCAGGCAAAGCGAUCAGCCUCCUGGGUGGCGGCGGAGGGGUUGGCCCUGCGCUUUCGUUUUUGGGCUGUGGAUGCUGGCGACCUGGUGUUAUUAGACAUUGGCGAGCGCAGCUCCACCGUCCGCCCUGGUGUCUUCCGGCUGAGUGUGCAGAACGCCCCGCGCUUUCACAGCACCAACGCCUUCAAAGCCAUGCGGCCGGCCACAGCGCGAGGCAACCCGCGGGCAAGCUCCCCGCAGAAGGACCCGGAGUUGAUGGCCAAGCUCAGGGAUCUCGAGACCCAGCAGAAGAAUGAGGAGCGCGCGAAGAAGCUGGCAGAGCGCAAGCGCACACAGGAGCUGCGGGAAGCCAAGAAGAAGCUGAGCCGGGAGCUGCAGCAGGCGCAGAGGGGCCUCACCAAGAGCGAGCAGGAGGUGAACAAGCUGACUGGCCAGCUGAGCCGCACAGAGCAGCAGGCGCAGCAGGCCACAGUGAAGAAGAACCGCGAAGGCGAGAAGAUGGAAGAGGGCAUUGGCCGCAUCAGGCAGAAGCACGGCAAGGUCAACACCGUCCUCCGCGACAAGAUGGCCAACGUGGGCCAGGCGCGGGGCCGCUUGGCCCACGUGCAGUUCGCCCUGUCCAUGCUGGAGAAGGGGGUGAUCAUUGAGAUGGGCGAGGAGAACCAGCCGCAGGAGGAGACCCCGGCGCCCGUGCGCCGGCGCCGCCGCAGUGUGGGGGCCAACGGCGAGGGCGAGGGCGGCGAGGGGGAAGGCGGCGAGGAGGGCGAGUACAUGGAGGGCGAAGAGUUCGAGGGCGAAGAGUUCCAGGAGGGAGAAGUCUUCACAUCGGAGAUGCGACAGGAGUUCGAGCACCUGCGGGAGGAGAACCGCCAGCUUCGGGAGCACCUAGCAGACUCGGACCAGCGCUGCAUCAGCGCGGUGCAGUUGCUGCAGCAGGCGCAGGAGGUUUUGGAGCACCGCCCCGCCAACCAUGAGGGGAGCUUGGAGAAGUCCUUCCUGGGCAAGGAGAACCUGGACCAGCCCUUGGACGCCACCAUGGACACGGUCUCUACGAUGCACAGCAGUCGCGAGAGCCCAGCGCAGUCCCCGAACCUCCGGCGCUUCACGCAGCCGGCGCUCACGGCACAGUCCCCAGCCAGUACCGUGCAGUUCCCUUCCCUGCUGGCAGGCCAGAAACCAAUGGAGAAGCCCGUGAUGUAUGCGGGCAUGCCGCCGAGCCGCAUGGUGAGCAUGCCAGGCGCCAUGCCGUGCGCCAUGCCGGGCGCCAUGCCGGGCAUGCCGCGGCCUUUUGGGUACCGGCCCACGCCCUUCCCGGACCGGGACGCCAUGAAGCCCAUGGGCCAGUCGCUCUUGGGCUCGGCCAGUGCGGUGCCUUUGCAGCGCAUGGGCAUGAUGGGUCCCAACAGGAUGCCCAUGGCGGAGCCCGUUGCCAUCCCCCCGUCCAUGCGCAAGCCCGUGGCGGAGCCUUUGGCGCCCACGAUGAUCAGGUGA